AUGGAUGCCUCCAGCAAGCCCCACCGUAUCCCUCCGGCAAUGGGCAUCUACGCUGAGAGGCACAACAUCUUCCAGCUCAUGCAAAACAUGACGGAAGCCCUCCUCAUCUACCAGCCUCAGGAUCCCAUCGAGUUCAUGAUUGAGCACCUGAAGAAAGACAACGACGAGGUGCCCUCCGUCUUCGUCCUGGGGCCGCCAGCCUCGGGGAAGACCACUAUUGCCCUCUGGCUCUGCAAGCACCUCAGUGCCACCUACCUCUGCCCAGAGGAGCUCCUGAGGAACAAACUCCUCCACAGGUCCAGAGAGGCUUUGGUGCACCAGAAGCGCGAAGGGAAGGUCCCCAGUGACCUCUGGGCCUCCAUGCUGGAGGAACGCUUGGGCGACGUGGACUGCGUGAAGCUCGGCUGGGUCCUGGACGGGUUCCCCGAGACGCGGAAGCAGGCCCUGCAGCUCCAGUCAGUGGGCAUUGCCCCCCGCCACGUGGUCAUCCUGAAGGCCCCAGACAUGGUGCUGGUGGAGAGGAACCUGGGCAAGCUGGUGGACCCCCUCACCCACGAGGUCUACCACACCACCUUCGACUGGCCCAUCGACUUCACGGUCCAGAAGCGCUUGGUGCGGCCUGACGGCAUCUCACCCAAGGCCACUGCCCGGCGCCUGCUGGAGAGCCACCGGAACAUCCCAGGCAUUCUCCAGACCUACCCAAAUAACCACAAGAUCAUCAAUGCCGACCAGCCCUGUGCGGACGUCUUUGCCCAGACCCUGAACUUUGUCCAGAGCCGACCCCACUCCGAGGCCCCCUACACCCCCCGGGUCCUGCUCCUGGGACCGCCAGGCAGCGGGAAGAGCCUCCAGGCGGCCCUCUUGGUCCAGAAGUAUAGACUGGUCAAUGUCUGCUUUGGGGACCUUCUGCGGGAGCAGGUUGCCGGCCGGACGGCCAUGGGCGACCUCAUCAAGCCCUUCUUUGGGAGUGGCUACCCAGUGAACGACAGCAUCGCCCUACGGGUGCUCAAGGACCGCCUGGCCCAGCCGGACUGUUUGAGCCGUGGCUGGGUGCUCCAUGGCUUCCCCCGCGACGUAGACCAGGCCGUUCUGAUGAAGCAGAUGGGCUUUGAGCCCAACCGGGUCUUCUUCCUCAACCUGCCUACCGACGUGGCCAUGCAGCGCCUCUGCCAGCGGGCCACGGACCCUGCCUCGGGAGAGCGCUACCACACCGUCUUCAAGCCACCUUCGGAUGAGGAGGUCCACCACCGGCUGCGCAGGAACCCCCGGGAUACGCCAUCCCGUGUGGAGAGGAAGGCCGAGGUCUAUGCCCGCCAGGUGGUAGACCUGGAGGAGUACUAUGAGCAUGCCAUCUUCCUCAAUGCCGACCAGGACCCCUACACCAUCUUCGAGAACAUUGAGAGCCGCCUGGUCAAGCCGCUUCCGGUCACCCCAGCCAGGAUGCAGUUCGCUGCCAGCCCCGAGGGACACCUGUGACAGAGGCCGGCUGGGCACAUGGAGGUGGCUGGUCAGUGUGGCCCAUCUCCAUGGGUCAGCACAUCCAAUGCAUGCGUGAAUGCCAACACCGUCUCUCAGCGAGGGCACAGUUAAUGCUUUUGCAGUCCUGAACGUCAUGCGCCCCUCCACUAAACCAUGAGCCAUGAGGGUUUCCCACAGCUCUGUGUUGCCACGUGGUGCGUGGGUGCCAG